GAAUUUUGUUUUGCGUGGUGGUUUUACGUUUACAGACUCGUUUUUUAUAAUGCAAAUACAAUAUUAAUGAAUUAAAUAAUGGCAGACGAAAGUGCAUUUGAUAAGAAGAAAGCCCACCGGGCAAAGCGAGCCGGAAGAAAGGCAGACAAAAAGAAAAAGAAGAACCAAAUCGAUACAUCUAACCUAAGUGCUCGUCAAAGAAAUCCGAAAGCUUUUGCUAUCCAGUCGGCAGUUCGUGCUGAGCGACAGUUCCGCCGCAGAGAAGAUGUCAUCGCCAAGAAGCAGCACAUCCCGCAGGUGGACAAGACCCCGCUGGAACCUCCUCCCAUCAUCGUCGCCGUGGUCGGGCCUCCUCGCGUCGGGAAGACAACCCUCAUCAACAAUCUCAUCAAAAGCUUCAUCAAGACGAAUGUCACCAGCACCAACGGGCCAAUAACCAUCGUCACGUCGAAGAAGCGCCGGAUUACUCUGAUCGAGUGCAACAACGACAUAAACUCGAUGAUUGAUAUCGCGAAGUGCGCCGAUCUUGUUCUGCUCCUCUGCGACGCUAGUUUCGGCUUCGAAAUGGAAAUCUUCGAGUUCCUCAACAUCUGCCAAGUGCAUGGAAUGCCAAAGAUCAUGGGUGUGCUCACCCAUCUUGAUAUGAUAAAGAAUGCUAAAACAUUAAAAAUGACUAAGAAAACUCUGAAGCACAGAUUCUGGACUGAAGUCUACCAAGGAGCUAAGCUGUUUUAUUUGUCUGGUAUUGUCCAUGGGGAAUAUCUACGAAAUGAAAUCAAGAAUCUGGCAAGGUUUAUCUCCGUGAUGAAGUUCCGACCGCUGAGCUGGCGAAUGACUCAUUCCUAUGUGCUUGCGGACAGAAUGGAAGAUGCUACUAACCAGGAGACCAUAAGAAAAGAUCCCAAAGUCAACAGAGAUGUCAUUCUGUAUGGAUAUGUGAGAGGGGUGCCUCUUAUGAAAGAAACUAUGGUGCACAUAGCUGGUGUUGGAGAUAUGAAAGUCGGUGAACUUUCAUACUUACCUGAUCCAUGUCCAUUGCCGAGCAGUGAGAAGAAACGACACCUGAUGGAACGAGAAAGGCAGAUUUAUGCCCCCUUCUCUGGAGUAGGAGGCAUUGUCUAUGACAAAGAUGCAGUUUACAUUGAACUCCAGGGAUCCCACUCCCACAAGCAAGAGGAUGAAGAGACUAAUGAGAAGAAGGCACUGCUUAAAAAUGUAGUUGAAACAACAGAAACUAUUGAUGAACAAAUGCAGGAGUCCGGUUUCAAACUAUUCAGUGGUGGAGCCGUUAUUUACCCUGACAUGUUGAAGAAUGAUGAGUACUUACAACAGAACAAAAAGAAUCAGCCAGAAAGUUCAGAUGAUUCGGAUUCUGAAGAAGAGGGCUCAGACUCUGAACACGACAGUGGUAUUGAUCAAAGUGAGAAAGAAGCUGGCAAAGCUGAUAAAAUGCCCUGGGACAACUCGGGAGAAGAAGGCGAAGACAAAGAUGAUGAUGAUGACAAAGACAGUAAAUCUCAAAGUGAAAAUGAAGACUCAGAAAAUGAGCAAGAUUUUGGGAAUAAAUGGAAAGAAAAAUUGGGUGAAAAAGCCACUGAGGCAUAUUUUGAAAGACAGAAAACUUCAAGAAACAUUAUGAAACUAGUCUAUGGAGAAUUUGAGAUUGGAAAUAAAACUAAAGAGCAGAAAGAAGUGUCUGAUGAUGAAAGUGAUGAAGAAGAAAUUGGUGGUCUGUUUAAAAAAGUAACAGCAACUCAGAAAAAGAAACUGAAGGAAAAAGAAAGGCUGGAUAUGGAUGAAUGCUCAUUCUUUUAUUCAUUGGAUAAGCCAAAUAUACGAGAUUGGAGUACAGAUGCCAAUAAACAAUACUUGAUAAAUAGUUUUGUCACUGGCAAAAGAUCAGCAGAUGAAGAUGCGUCAGAACUUCUUAAACUUGAUGACGCCAGUGACGGGGACGAUGAAGAGUUAUUUGGUGACUUUGAAGAUUUAGAGACAGGAGAAAAACAUUCGGCGGAAGAUAAAGAGAAAACUUCAGAUACAGAAGUGGAAACAGGCACAAAGCGUAAGGCUGAACCAACUAAAUCUGAAAUCCUUGAUAAAAAGAUGAAGUUGAAAGCCAAGUUUGAUGCAGAGUAUGACAACCCUGAUGAUCACAGAAUCAAAGGUGAUCAUUCUUACUACGAAAAUUUAAAAGCAGAAGCUUUGAAACAGUCAGAACUUAAUAAGUCGGUAUUUGAAAAUCUUGAUGAAGGAUUGAGGAUAGAAGUAGAAGGUUUCCGGCCUGGUUUGUAUGUGAGAAUGAUGUUCAAGAAUGUCCCUUCUGAAUUUGUAACCAAUUUUGACUCAAGCUAUCCAAUACUCAUUGGAUCUUUGAAUAUGGCUGAACAAAAUAUUGGUUUUGUUUCUUGUAAAGUCAAAAAGCACAGGUGGUAUAAAAAGAUCUUAAAAACCAAUGACCCCCUUAUAAUUUCUUUAGGUUGGCGUCGAUUCCAAACACUUCCGAUUUAUUCAAAGAUUGAAGAUGACUUGAAGUGUAGAUAUUUGAAAUACACACCAGAGCAUGUCACCUGUAACAUGCAUUUUUAUGGGCCUGUUACUCCACAGAACACUGGGUUCCUAGCGUUGCAAACUGUGAAUAACAACUCAAGUGAAAUCAAGAAAUUAGGAUUUAGAAUAGCUGCUACAGGCAGUGUCAAUGAGAUCAACAAAUCAACACAGAUAGUAAAGAAACUGAAGUUGGUAGGCACACCUCUGAAAAUUUACAAGAAGACUGCUUUCAUUCAAGACAUGUUCACUAGCACUCUAGAAGUAGCAAAAUUCGAAGGAGCGAGGAUAAAAACGGUAUCCGGAAUCAGAGGGCAAAUUAAAAAAGCCCUGAAUAAACCUGAAGGCGCAUUCCGAGCGACAUUUGAAGACAAAAUUCUUAUGAGUGACAUUAUUUUCUGUCGGACGUGGUUCAAAGUGGACGUCACUAAAUUUUACGCUCCAGUCGUCAAUUUAUUGUUACCUGUCGGAGACAAAAACGCUUGGCAGGGCAUGAAGACUAAGGGGCAGUUGAAGAGAGAACGCAAUAUCAAGAGUGACGCAAACACGGAUUCAAUGUACACAGAGAUAAAAAGGGAACAGAAAGUGUUCAAGCCUUUGGUGAUACCCAAAGAGCUGCAGAAAGGAUUGCCAUACAAAUUCAAGCCAAAAGAGAAGAGUACGACACUUUCCGGCAACAAUCCUAAAGACCAGUUGAAGAACAGGAUAGCUGUAAUCAAGAAUCCAUACGAGCAGAAGGUUUCUAACGUAAUGAAGAUGAUCAAGACUAAUUUCGAAAAGAAAAAGGAAGUUCAGAAGGAAGCCACACAAGAAAGGCUGAGCAAACACAAGAAACAGAUGGAGGCUGAGGAGUGGCGUCGGCUGAAGAGGCAAAAAGAACUGAAAAAGAAGAUUUGCAGACAGCUAAGCAAAAUGGGUAAUAAGAAGAAACCUCAGAUGUAGAAGUGUUUGUAGAUAGGAUAAUAAUCUUAAUAAAAAUUG